AUGGCCCAACCGACAGCUGAAGACCGUAAAGGACUUUACGAGUCAGCGAUUGCAUUCUUGAAUGAUCCCAAUGUUUCAGAUGCGCCCCUCACCAAAAAGAUUGAGUUUCUACAAUCCAAAGGGUUAACUCGAGAAGAGAUUGACCAGGCGAUAAAAGAGGCGAAGUCAGGGCCUUCUCCUAAUAGUGCCGAACCCAAGGAUGCAGCCGUCGACCAGGGCAGGCAUGCAGACUAUGUGUACGAGGCAAUCCCACCGCCAUUACCAAAACGUGAUUGGAAGGACUAUUUUGUAAUGGCCACAGCUAGCGCGGGACUAUGCUACGGGGUAUACCAACUUGCCAAGCUUUAUGUCAUCCCUAACAUCUUACCUGAUAGCAAGUCCAAACUGGAGCAAGAUAAGGAGCAAAUCAUGCAGCAAUUUGACAAGAUGGAACAGCUUCUCUCAACGGUUGAACAGGACCACAGCUCACAAAUGAAGAAAGAAGAACAGAAGUUCAAAGAGCUCGAUGAGGUAGUAGUAGAGCUACAAACAGCACUAGAAGGAAACGCUAGGACGAGGGAGAAACUGGAAGACGACGUACGAAUCCUAAGACUUGAAAUCGAGGGACUACAGAAGAACUUGAAUUCCUUCAUCCUUGAGAACACGGACAGCCCAGCUAUUCGCAAGCUCAAUGAUGAGAUCUUGUCCUUGAAGAACCUCAUGAAGAACAGCACAUUGCUCAAAUCUGCCACGCCCUCUGAAAACGACAAGUCGCCAGUCCCAGGAGCCGAGGCUAUCCCCUCAGCCUCAGAAAUUUUGGCUAAAAUGAACAUACCUAAAAAGAAUGAUAGUGAAGCGCCAGCAUGGAAGAAGAGUAGAGAUGCCAUGGCCGCUCACAAAGACACUGCACUCCCUGAGUGGCAGAAAACAGCCGCUGAAAAGGCGCACACGCCCAUCCCAGAAUGGCAAAAGGCUAUGUUCAAUGCGGAGUCGCCAAGCCCAGAGGAGUCAGUUUCUUAA